ACAGCUGGAACAAAAACUGAUAAAUUCUCUGGUUUUUAUUUCUAUAUAGACAUGAAAUCCAGGGGAGCUUACCUCAAAGCGUGCUCUGAAAUUGUUUUGAAAGAUGAAAGGCGGAGAAGCGAUGGCAGAAAGAGGAGUAAGAAAGAAGAGAGCGUGGAAUAUGCUGCGGAUGACUCUGUUCAUGAUCAGAAAAUGUCUGUUGAAGCGCAGGAAUUUGCUGGAAUUAGACGUGCGCGUAAGAGGGAAAGUGUUCGCCAAGAUCUUCAGAAGUUUGAUCUCUCAUCGAACCCCUGCAUCUGAUUCUCGCGGACUGAACGGCCUGAGAGAAUACGAAUUUUCAUGCUCCAACAGCCCUGCAACCCCUGCUUUACAACACUUUGCAAACAAAUUAACGAGCCGCCGCAAUUUUCUUUCCUGCUUUCAGCCCGAUUUUACCUUUGAAGACAAAUAUGAGUCCCCUAGGUUUGUGUUCAGUCCUUGCGCGAUUACAGAAGGUGUCACUGCCCGGCCUUUUGAGAAUCCUGCACGCGCAUUUCAAGAAGAAGACGAUCAAGAAGAUCGAAAAGCUGAAGAAUUUAUUGCUAAAUUUUACAACCAAAUGAAAUUUCAGCGCCAGAUUUCACUGUUGCAGUACGAAGAGAUGCUGGCCAGAGGUGCCAACUGAAAUGUCAUUGAAAUGCAAAUACUGUUACCUGGUUUUUAUUGCUGUCUGGCAGGGUGCCCUGUUUUGGACUUCGCAUAUGAAAAAGCCCUUUUUUUUUUUUAGUUUUUAUAAAUUCCUUUGCCGUUAAUGCCUUUUUUUGGUUUCACGGAUUGAUUAUAUAUAUUAACUUUGGAGCAUUUCCAAGGGAUUUGAGAUUCGUUGUAUUUUUCAUUUUUUAAUAAAUAAUUAGAGACAAUAAAUGGCUUGUUUUACAA